AGAAGAUUGAACUGCUCUUACACCCCAAACAGCGCCCCAGAGCACGGCGCAGGCGAAACCGUCGGAUCCCCUACUAGACGGAAGCCGAGAGAACUUUCACCACAAGCCAUCCCAGCUGCUUUGGACGCCUCAACAAGGCCUCUGACCAAUAUUGGGAGUACCGAUUUCAAUCGGCCAUGGGAUGAGGUGCGGAGUCGGGGUCUAAGAAGGGAAAACUCUUCCAUGUCUGGCCUGGCGGAACCGCUCUCUUCAGCUUCGCUCGAACAUCCCGGGAAAACGUCCCUUUACAGCUCGGGAAAUGUUUCGGGCCGAAGCAGUACAUACGGGCAAGCAGAGGAAGCAACUAUCUAUACCGAAACCAGGAUGUUACAGGAUCAGACGGGUCGACUCCUCUAUAUCGGGGACUCGUCUACUCUCUCUAUCCUACAGCUGAUUCGCAUCAUCGUCGAGAGUACUGCGGGGCCGAUCCUAGGGUCCGACUUUGUUCAUGAUCCGAAGCGGCACCGAAUCAUGGAAAACAUUAUUGAUUUUCCAGAAAAUACCAAGCUCCCAUGCUUCCUACCGGACAGAGAAACCGUGCACGUUCUGGUUGAGUCGUAUUUUACGAAUACACGGGGCUUGAUCGAAGUUUUUGACAAGUCAUCAUUUUGCGAAAGUAUCGAAAUCAUCUACGCUGAUCCCCUAUCGGCCAGCAGAUAUUCGACAUGUCACCUUUUCCUUGUGCUCGCACUGGGAAUGCUUCUUUCGGCCCCUCAGCCAGGCAGCCGGGAAGAGGAGAUCAUCAAGAAACUGUACGACGCAAAGCAGGAUAUGGCAGAACUCUUCUAUCGAAGUGCCAAGUCCAUGUGCGAUCCCGAGUACGGGUUCGAAGAUGCCGACUUUUGGUCUAUUCAAGCACUUUGCUUGAUGGCUGUUUACAUGCUCACGGUUUCCAAACGAAAUACUGCAUAUGCAUACUUGGGCAUGGCUGUGCGGUCUGCCUAUGCCUUAGGUCUCCAUCGAGAGGAGACAAUGCAUCCGCUUAUCUACCCAGAAUCGACGCAAAGAGAGGUGAGACGGAAUUUAUGGAAGACGUUGUUUAUCCUCGAUCGGUUCCUUGCCGCGUCCCUGGGGAGACCUGUUGCCAUCGUUGAAGAGGAUUGCUCAUGCAAACUUACUACUAAUGAUGAUAUCGCCGACUUAUCAACCGUAGGGGAAAAUGGACCCGAGUCAUUGCACUUUGGAUGCCUCGAUGCCUGUGUUAAAUCAUGCCGUGUCAUUGGCGUAACACUCCGUGUGUUUUCAAAGCGAAAGAUCUCCACCUCGGUUGUCCAGGAUAUCGCGAACAUGGCCAAAUAUUGGAGGCGGCCCUCACUUGCAAACCUGACGCCGCAGCAAUCACGAGAAGGCCCGACAAGCCCGGAGCAGGGUAUAGCUGCUCUUCACGCCAAUCUCCUGUCAUUGCACUCUCUUAUUCUCCUGACCAGGCAAAUGUUCAUUAUGCACAACUGGAAACUCGACCAACAACGCUCUGGGAAGGCAAACCCACCCUUGAACCGAGAGUCUCAAAUGGCCAAGUUUUCCGAAGCCUGUGUUGUGGCAUCUUACCAGACUAUUCAAUUGAUACAACAUGCCAGAGAGGAUGGGUAUCUCCCACAAAGAAAUCCUUUCUUCAUCUAUUUCCUCUUCGCUGCGAGCCUCAUCGUCCUUAUGAAUCAGUUCACCUCACUCUACUACGCCGAUACAUAUAACAAGACUAUCACCGACGCGAUUUCAACCAUGAAAUACUGUGCAGAAAUUGACCCACAAGCAGAGAGGGUGCUCGAAAUAAUGGAAAACUUUGCACAAGUGUUCUCGCAUGUCACGAGAGAAUGGCAGCUCAGCUCCGAGUGUCCCGAGUCCCGUGGACCCAGCAGGCUCAAGAAUAGGCAGCAUUUCACACCAGCCUCUUGUGCCUUCACCAUCCUUUUCGCGGCCACAGAAGGCUCCCAAUGUAUUUAUCCCGACCUCUUCAGCCACUGUCCCGGAAGUGGUGAUGAACGGCAUGUCUACAGUAUCAUCGACGACUCCACCUAUGGCACCUCCACUCGCCCUACGCCCUGGUCAUUUUACUCAUUCGCCCCCUGA